AUGUGUCUUCCAAAACAUCUUGGAGGAAUGGACUUCAGAGAUAUAGAAGAUUUCAAUCAGGCAUUGUUAGCCAAACAAGCAUGGAAGUUGCUUCAGGAUCCGGAGAGUUUAAUGGUAAAGGUGCUCAAAAGCAGAUACUUUACUUCAACCUCCUUUUUGGAUUCAGUUAUCGGAAGGAGACCGUCCUUUGCGUGGAGAAGCAUCUUGUGGGGACGAGAUCUUCUAGUGCAGGGGCUUAGAAAAAGAGUGGGAAAUGGGAAUUCUUUAAGUGUAUGGACGGAUCCUUGA